AUGUCUGACCCUGUCAAAGUUAGCUACGACCAUAACGAGACUGCCGAGGACCUGCGUCAUCAUCCAAAGGCAGGACUCGCGCCUGGAUUCCCACUGCUUGUAGCUGAGUUUGGAAUCAGCUAUGAAGAGGUUUCCUCAUCCGUUUCGUAUGCUGUACUGCUUCUCGGCAUCAGCACAUUCUUCUGGGUCCCAACUGCUUCACUAUGCGGCAAGCGUCUAGUACUUAUAAUCUCUUUGAUUGUAUUUAUUCUGGGUUGUGUAUGGGGUCAUCAGGCGAACUCGUUCCAGAGUUUCAUGGGCUCACGUGUUUUUGGGAGUUUUGGCGCAGGUGCCGUGCAGGCCAUUGGGCCUGCACUAAUUGCCGGUAAGCUAGCUUUGGUCACACAAAUACGUUCCAAGAUUAUUGACAGAUUGGUAGAGAUCUUUAUGGAGCGCGAUUUUACAAAAGCCAUGGGUGCAUAUACAGCAAGUCUCUGUCUUGGGUCCCAGGGCGGACCUCUGGUGGGUGGACAUUUGAUGCAGCAUUUGGGAUGGAGGUGGUUCCAGCUCGUUUGUUGCAUCAUAGCCGCAUUCAACUUGGUGUCGGUCAUUGUACUUUGUCCUGAAACGGCUUUUGAUCAGUCCUUGCUCUCUGGCGAAACUGCUGCCGACUUGGACGCUCAUAUUCAACGCGUCCACAAUGCCAACUCUGAGCAGCAAAGAACCUGGAAGAUCUGGAAAACGAAUACAUUCUAUCUUCGACACCCAGAUGUCAAGUCCAAGGGACUGAUGUCAUGGUGCACAUCCUUCAUUCUUCAAUUCGAAUUCUUAUUGGACCCUGUAGUGCUGUGUUGUGCUGCGCUCUGGGGUAUAACUGUGGCUUGGGCUGUCGCUAUAUCAGUUUUGUCCCCGUCACUCUUUGCUUUGCCUCCCUUUUAUUUUGGGCCUGCUGCCGUGGGCAAUUGGGCUGCAACCAGCAUUAUUGGCAUUGCUGUGGGCUACAUGUUCAGUCCCUUGGUGGACAGACUAGCCCAAGUUACCAGUCGGUCAAAAGGAUUUCAUCGGCCAGAAGAUCGCCUGAUCAGCAUCAUCAUCCCGUUCCUCAUAUGCUCACCAGGACUCAUCUUGUUUGGAUACACAUACAUAGCCGACUCGUUCUAUGGUCCAGCGGUGGGAUCAGCCAUGCAAAUAGCCGGGCUACAGCUAGUUCCUGCAACUGUGCUCUCAUGCAGCCGAUUUGCCCUGUCACUGAAGGUGUCUGCCUGGCUUUCUCACGAUGGUGUCACUAAGCUGUUUCUACAUAUGGCAAUCAUUCAAUGGGCCAUUAUCGGUGGAUUGGGCUUGCUCCUAUUUCUUUCCGGUCCAUGGUUACGCCGAAAAAGUAUGGAAUUUCACGGCAAUUAUGGUAUCAGGAAAUGGCUUUCCGCCUUGUCUAGGUGA